UCAAAACAUUUAAUUUUAUCAUAAUAUAUGUCAGAAACCCAAAACAAAGAUGGGAUGUAAUUGAAACUUGAGAGACCCUGAGAGACCUCCCCGGCUGGCCUCAAGGAAUGGGUUCGAACUCGAAGCCGUGCGGGAGAGGGCACUGGAGGCCGGCGGAGGACACCAAGCUUAAGGAACUUGUGGCCCUUUACGGCCCUCAGAACUGGAACCUGAUAGCGGAGAAAGUGGAAGGGAGAUCGGGAAAGAGUUGCAGAUUGAGAUGGUUUAACCAGUUGGACCCGAGGAUUAACCGGAGAGCGUUCACGGAAGAAGAAGAAGAGAGACUAAUGCAAGCACAUGGAGUGUAUGGGAACAAAUGGGCUAUGAUUGCUAGGCUUUUUCCUGGACGGACGGAUAAUGCGGUCAAGAAUCAUUGGCAUGUUUUAAUGGCUAGAAAUUGUAGACAACAUUUCACUGCUUACAGAAGGAGGAACCUUACUACCCAACCACUACAAAAUCCUAAUUCUCCGCCGACGGCCACCGCCCCACCGCAUUUCCGCCUCUCUUCUACUAUCCCACGUGCCAAUCACAUGCCUUUUCAUCUCAUCCCACCUGGCUCAGAAACGAGCAACGAAAUGGAAGGCAUAUCGUCUUACAGCUACCACAAAACAAGCUCAGAUGAAGCAAAUCAAACAUGCGGUACGUAUUAUCGUCGGUCAUAUAUGAUGACCGAAAUGCAACAAAGGAGCAAUUACAAUUACAAUUACAACUCUCUUAACCAAAUCGGAAAGAAAAACACAACAACAUGGGAUCACCAUGUUUUGGGAAGCGAGGGAUCGUCAUCAGUGAGCGAGGAAAACGGAGUGGGGAGUUCGGACGGCGUGGUGGAAGCGACGUUCAUCGACUUUCUUGGAGUAGGAGGCAGAUGAGAGGGAGCUUAGAAAGGGAAGGAAACAAAGAAAAGGGGAGGGUUUGUUUCUUUUUUUGGUUGCAAAUUGCAAUCAUGAGAAGUGGCCUGAAUGUGGGUGUGGUCCAAGAUUUGGAAGAGGCCAUUACAAGUAAUAGAGCAAAAGGUAAAGAGAGAUGAUUUGAGUUGGACUGUUGGAGUGGUGAAAAGAUAUGGAGUCAGUCAGUGCCAUUGAAAGCUUUUAGAUAUAUAUAAUCCCAAAACUCAAACCAUCAUUUUCUUCUUACUUGUAAGUUGUACCCUCUCUUUUUGCUCACAUAAUGAAUGUGAUGGCCAAGCCAAUGCCUUUUGUUCCCAAAUUUAUCCA